GGGAUUUUGAGUGAUCGGAAAAGAAGGAGGGUUCUGAGUGACAGAGAGGGAGGGCAGAGAAAAAGAUUCAGAGGUGCCUUGCUGAAGAGACUCUGUUACGCACGCCUGCAAGGGGUGAGAAUACUUUGAGCAGUGAAAACUGGGCUAAAACAGAAGACCGGAGUGCCGGGACAGACCCGACAGCACCUGGGGACCUUCUUCGAACGGGACAGCCGGACGGAGAGAUAUGUGCACCAUCUAUCCUUAACAUUCCUUCGUUACAUCCCUCCAUCCGUGCCUCCCUCCCACCUCUCCUCUCAAGUGGUGUGAAGGACACGGAGCUGCGAGUUCCUCAGUGCUCUGCCUGGUUGCCUUACGGGAGUCUGGGGGAGGCUUGGUGCUCCCCUUCGCUCUCCUGCGCUCUCACUCGUUCAUGAAUGUCACCUCUAUCUGCGGAAGCCCUUGGAAUUUACAAACACUCUCUCGGGAGCUUAGGGAGAGGGAGCAAAGGGGAAUGUCAGAAGGGCUGAGAAGGGAGAGAACUUCCGAUUCCUUUCAUCCUUAUCCAUCUGAUCAUCCACACUCACAGGGUCCACCAGUUUUUGACUUUUGCUCAGUGUGUCCGUCUUUGUUUUUUACGUUUUUCCAAUCGUAGCGUCAUGGAUGCGAUACUUCGGAAUCAGGUAAUGGAGUUUCUCUAAGAUUGUCUCAGGAUAUCAUUCCGUUUCUCGGUAGGAUCUGUAUUUUAGUUCAUUUUAUGCAUCCCUCGAUCUUCUCUGUUUUGCAAGGAUCUCACUGAUAUGUGGAACCCUACGGAUAAAACGAUUGGACAAUGCCUUUUUUCUGAACUCGCAGAAUGAUUUCUGAUCCGGGUGAUUUCUGAAGAUCGAUCCCACACUAAACUGUGGAAGAGGAGUGAGAGACCUGGGCUUCUGGGAGCUCGGAGCUUUAGGGAUAUGGUGGUGGUGCUGUGAUGGCUCACUUAUCUUCCAGAAUUCCAGUACGGCUCCAUGGAUCAUCAGCUGCCACUUUUCCAGUCCGUAUGCUGUGCAACGAGACCUGAAAUACAACAAACAAUCCCUACAACGACAGCUGCGGUUCAUCAGAAUCACAACACGAGGGACUAUUUUGAUAGCCAAAGAAACAAAUAAAGUUUAUUGGGAACUUCACAAGUGUUUUGCCCCGCCCCCUUUUACCCCUCCAAAACCAAGCCCCUUUUUGUUCCCUAUCAAGUUGUGACGCAUUCUCCCCUCGGUUAUUGUGGGAGACCCGGCUGUACUCCAAACAUCUGCUGUCUCCUGCUCCCGUCCUCCGUGGCCCUGGGUGAUCGGACAGGUGGGCGGCCCACUGACGCCCUCUGCGCCCUACGGGUGAGCGAGGCACAGCAAAAUGGCUGCCCUCGCCAGCUCGCUGAUCCGGCAGCGCAGGGAAGUCAAGGACCCCCAGGCCAACCGGCAGAUCUCCACCAAACGCAAGCCUUGCCCCAAGAGCAACAAGUCACUCUGCCAGAAACAGAUCCUUAUCCUUAUAUCCAAAGUCCGACUUUGUGGCAGUCGAGGAAGAAAGCUCGAAAAAAGACCCGAGCCUCAGCUGAAAGGUAUCGUCACACGUCUGUAUUGUCGGCAUGGCUUCUACCUGCAGAUGUUACCCGAUGGCACCUUGGACGGCACAAAGGACGAAAACAGCUCCUUCUUGCUGUUCAACUUGAUUCCUGUGGGUCUGAGGAUAGUCGCCAUCCAGAGCACCAAGACAGGACUCUACAUAGGCAUGAACAGCGAGGGCUACCUCUACACAUCAGAACAUUUUACGCCGGAGUGCAAGUUUAAGGAGUGUGUGUUUGAGAACUAUUAUGUCACAUACUCCUCGAUCUUGUACCGUCAGACGCAGUCGGGUCGGGCCUGGUACAUUGGCAUUAACCGAGACGGACAGGUCAUGAAAGGAAAUCGGGUCAAAAAGACUAAAGGAGCAGCCCACUUCCUGCCCAAGCUUAUAGAGGUUGCCAUGUACAGGGAACCGUCGCUACAUGACGUUGCUGAGCAAAGCCCGCCUAGGAAAACGGCCAAAACGUCAGACUCCCCCGUCCAUAAAAACGGCAAGAAAGACCAAGUGCUUCCCGCCCCCACAGCCUCCUAGCGGCAGCAGAAGAGACACUUCGUUUGCACGGACUCGCCAUGAACGCCAACAGUGGCACAGGAGGUUUGGUACAAACAGUGUUUGUAGUCCCUCCACCGACCCUCAGAACUUUGACAUUUCCAACAGUGAAUCAGGGCUCAAAAGACCCUUGCCGACAGGUCUAAUGCCCGCCGCACUUCCUUUUGGUCUCUCCUGCUCCUUAAUCAAGGGAAUACUGAGCAAUAAUAACCGCACUGGUCUGGGGUCAGAGACGGCGUCGCUUUUGUGAGAACAGCAACACCUGAAAGAAAGGAUCCUUGUCUUCCUCUCCUUUUUAGUAUUUCAAGAAGAAACACCUUCUUUUGUGAAGCAAUUCAUGCUUGACAUUAAAACCCUUCAUUACCUUUGUUCAAGCAUUCAUAGAUUCCCCCGAAAUCAGUGUUCCUUUUUUUUUUUUUAACAGAGAUCCCCUCGUCAUCUCUAAGCCUUGUUUGUAAUCUCCUCUUCCUUCUCUACCUCUUCUGCACUUUGAUUAGUUUGAGACACAGAGGCCAUUUUCCACUUCACAACACAGGAAAAGCCCUGCACGCUCUCCCGGGGACUAUUAAGGAUGCCUUCACAUAUACACACACACACCAAAUAACUAAAUAAAUAAAACUUGUCCUCCUCUUAGGAUGAGGAUGUUUAGAGUCAUUCAACCUUAGGCAGUGCAGACCCUUUUCUGCUCAUCGGCUCCUGUGCUGAUGAGUCUGCGGAGGCUGGAUGUGUGAGUGUGUGUGUGUGUGUGCGUGUGUGUGUGUGGUGAACAGUAAUACAAUAUCAUUUGUAGGAUGGCUCAUAACAGAGGGGAGUAGGGUGGCAUUAUUGUUUCUUUUUGUUAUGAUAAGUCGUUGUUUUUCUCAUUGCAAUAUGCCCAGAGAGCAAUAUCGCUACAGCUGCACGCUUUCUCCUCUCUUUUUAGCAUGUGUGUUGCUUUCGAGCAGGGUUUCUGAAAGUAGAUAUGCUGACUACUGAGGCUGCAAGUUUCCUAAAGUUCAUGUCCCUACAUUCAAUUUUAUUCUAUUACAUUUGCCUGAGAGCAAAGGCACUUCACCCAGCCAAAUGAAACAACACAAGUGCUGAAAAGGUCCAAUUCUGCUUCAUUUUCUUUUGAUAGAAUUGGGGAAUUGGACCUGGAGGGAAUCAUUUUGGGAACCCCUGCACAGAGAGUCCAAACAGACCUGUAACUUCUGACCACCAGCUUUAUUUGAGGCGCUGAGAAUAUCAGUAUGGAAAUGGUUUUUAAGAGCUACGAGGAACCUGAUGACACAUCGCACUAUUGCCUUUGCAGUAAUGUUUCUGAAAAUAUUUUAUGCAAAUCACUUACAUUAUAGAAAUAUGAGUUUAUAACACAUUACCAUUCAAAAGUUUGGGUUCGUAAGAUUUUUCGUUUUAGCAAGAAGUCUCUCAACCUCACGAAUGCUGCAUUUAUUAUAUAUUAAUUUAAUUGUUUUAAUUAAAUAUUAAUUGUUUUCUAUUUAAAUACAUUUCAAAAUAUAAUUUAAUUUGCUGAAUUUUCAGCAGCCAUUACUCCAGUCUUAAGUCUUGCUUUAAUAUAUAUAUAUAUAUAUAUAUAUAUAUUAUAAAUGAUGUUGAAAACAGUUGUGCUGCUUAAUAUUUUUCUGGAACCAUGCUACAUCAGGAUUCUAUGAUUAAUGGAAAGUUCAAAAGAAUAGUAUUUAUUUUAAAUAUUUUUGUAACAAUAUAAAAGUCUUUACUGUUACUUUUUUUUUAGUUUAAUGCAAUCUACCUGAAUAGAAGUAGUAAUUUCCUUAAAAAAAACGUCUUACUGACCCGAAACUUUUAAUCAUUACUCAUUACUCCAGUCACAUAAUCCUUCAGAAAUAUUCUAAUAUUCUGAUUUGCUGCUCAAAAAAACUACUAUUAUUAUUAUGUUGAAAGGUGAGUAGAAUUGUUCAGGAUUUUUAUUUAUUUAUUUAGUUUAUUUAUAAAUGCUGAUAUUUGGGUCUUUCUAUUCAUUAAAGAAUCCUGAAAAAAUGUACUUAACUGUUUUAAAUAUUGAUAAAAAAAUAAUAGUAAUAAAUGUUUCCUGAACGGCAAAUCAGCAUAUUAGAAUGAUUUCUGAAGGAUCAUGUGACAGUGAAGACUGGAGUAAUGUUUCUGAAAAUUUAGAUUUGAUCACAGGAAUAAAUUACAUUUUAAAAUAUAUUCAAAAAGAAAGCAGUUAUUUUAAAUAGUAAAAAUAUUUCACAAUAUUUCUGCUUUUGCUGUAUUUUGGAUUAAACAUGCAGGCUUGGUUAGCAGAAGUGACUUCUUUAAAAAAAAAAAAAACACUAAAAAUCUUACUGUUCAAAAACUUUUGACUGGUAGUGUAUAUAAUAUAAUUUUGGAGGUAGAAAAUAUCCUAUUUAUAAAAUAUAAUUAUUAGGGUCCCUUGUAGAAAGUUUUUUUAGGCUCUAGUAUUAGAUAUAUCAGAGCACAUUCCCUAAAUGGUUAUAUCAUCACUGUGAAAUCAAGUGCAAAGCUUAAACAAAGUGCAAAAAAUCUAACUUUUCUCCUGCUGAGUUGAAUAAUUUCUCAUACCGUGCACCUGGUGUUGAGGAAAUUAUGUCUGUGAUAAUUAUAGAUUCAGUCCCCUGCAGCAAUGCAUUAUUAUAGGGGGAAACAAAGUUAUUAAGACCAAAGUGGAAAUAACUAAAGAAAUCUUAGACUUUUGGAAUAUUUACUAAAUUCUUCCACAUAUAGAUCAAGCUGUCAAUCUUUCCCAGAUUACAGUUUCCGUACUGCGAAUCAAAACAGCACCCGCAGGUAAUUCACAAUCCCCCAUUAUAGAAGUUGGUGUUUGCGGUUAACGUCCCGAGCAGAUUGUUUUUCAAAGGGGCUGAAUCAAAAUGCUCUGCAUCUCAUAGCUCCUGGGUACACAUUAAUAAGACUACAUCUUGAUUUUUCUUCAUAAACUAUAAUUUGUUUUGUAGUUUUGCAAGCAGCAGUGCUCAUCUCAGACUCUAGUUUUCCGUAAGUCUUGCAUUGUCCACAGCUCAUUUCAGUUUAAGCUUCUAUAUUAUCUGAAGGGCUAUUUACGUAAAGUUUUGAAGUGCUAUACACCGAAAGAUCUGGCACACUGAAACAAAAUCCAGCAGGCCAGACCGCAAAGGUUAAAUAAAUGAUAAAGGCAAUGUCGUAUGAAGCCACAACUGUGCUUUGAUUAGCAUCCCAUGGUUUAUUCAUUCAGUUUAAUCACAAUUAGACCAUGAAAUUGAUAGUUACUUUAAAAUGUCUCACUUCUAGCCUUUCAAAUUUUUAAAUGUCACAGAAGGACUUGUGCUAACUUGACUCGAAUUAAAAGCCUCUUGUAUUUUGUAAGGGCUAAGAGUAUAAAAGGCAACAUUCUUACUGAUCUUUAGUUUAAAUAUGCCUAAUUGACACUAAACUUAUAAUUAUACCAUCAUAAGAGUUUGCUUUGGGUCAGUUUGAGCUGAUUAUGAAUGUGUGCACAACAUAAUAUGAGAGAAAAGAAAAGAAAAUGAGUGCUUUUCUUAGCUUUGAUAUAUUUGGCAUGAACAUAAGGGCCAGGUUUAACAAUUAUUUUAAUGAAAGCACUCUCUGUGCGCAGCUAAGUGCUUCUCUCUCAAUUUCAGUGCUAUUUUUCAGCCAUAAACAUAGAGGCCAGAAGAUGAAAGCUAAGGGCUAAUGCUUUUCAGAAGAGCCAAGCCAUUAAAACACUCUGCGUGUAUACAUAGAUAGAAAUGACCUUGUAAACGGCAGUUUUCUAAAUUUGCUAAACUGCAUAAAAAUUCUUUAUUUUAAUGUUUAUUUUUCUUUCAUUCUUUAAAUGUCUUGGUCAUGUUGUAUAUGUGUUGGCCAACACAUAUACAACAGACAGUAUGUCUCUCAAUGCAUUGCAUUGCAUUGAUGAAUCUAUUUGUUUAUUGUAGUUUGCAUAUUUACUAGUCUCUCUAGAAUCCUAUAGGCACUUCAGCUGAUGUGUAUUUGGGGGCUUAGGGUCAUUAAGACAUUAAAUAAUGCUGUUAUGGGAUAGGGUUAGUCUGUGCAAUUAUAAUAAACUUUUAACAGACCGAACUUUAGUGGCUGGCAACUUACAGUGUCUAUGUUACACAUUGCUAAAGCAUUAAUAUUAACAAUGUGCAAUUGAUAGUAUGCAUCGGUAUUAGUGCUUAAUUAAGUAAUUUAAUGUAACAUCAACACUGUGGUUCCACCUUAUCCCUCUCCCCAAUAAAAGGGAGUCAUCCAUGUUCCAUCUUCACUCCCUUUUAUUGACCCAUUGUCGAUAAAUGCUUUAAAAACAGAUGUUAGUUUUCUCUCCAGCUCAUUUCAAAUUGAUUAAACAAUACAGACUUAUUGGUUUUGUUCAGACAAGCAGCAAAAAUCUGCUUUGUUCUGUUGUUUUGGUUGUUGUUGUUUAUUAGUUUUUGCCAUUCUGAGUAAUCUGAGUAGCAAAACAAACCUAAAACCCAUGUGGUUUGAAAUCAGACAUCUUUCUGGUGCAGUGUAUUUAGAAUUGUUUUUACUCACACUUUCCUCUUAGAGCAAACCGUGUGACAUUCACUUUGUAGUGAAUAUUGGGCGAGUCAGCAUUUUUUGACACACUAUAUGCAUAAAACGCUGCUUAUGUUCUCUCAUGUGCCUCGUGAGUUGAGCGCUGUGGCGUAAUGUCACGAUAAACGUGAGCUGAGGAUAAAUUCCCAGUUUCCAUCCUCCUUUCAAAAUGACAGUGACUCGGCUGUUAUUAAUUCUCUUACAUCAUCACUAUUCCAACCAAUGUAAAUUCACUAGAUAUUCACCACACUGUCUGAACAAGCAAAACAGAUUUCAUAAUUUCCAAAUUAAUAGUCUUAAAAAUCUGAUUUGACAACCAAAUUAUAUUUGUGGGUAGUGUAAACAAAGCCACUAUCAUGUCUUUGAGCUGCUAAAAUGCAUUGUUUUUGUAUGUGUUAGUUUGUCUUUGUUUUUUAGGUAUCUAAGCAUCUAAUUUUGAAAUAUCAAAGUCUGUCUGCUGUUAGCAAUGUUUUAAAAUCAGAUUUUCUAGAAACAGUCUUAUAGAAUAUUGUUUCCACCACUAAAUACAUUAAAAAAGGCAAUUGCAACUUUUUAUCUGACAAUUCAGAUUUUUUUCUUGCAAUUGUGAGUGCGCAUCUCGCAAUUCUGACUUUCUUCUUGGAAUUGUGAAAUGUCAACUCACAACUGUGAGUUGCAAUAUCAGAAUUUAAAAGAUUUAAAAUCAUAAUUGUGAGUAAAAGAGUCAAAAUUGUGUAAUAAAAGUCAGAAUUGUAAUAUCCCACAAUUCUGACCUUACAAGCAAUUCUGACUUUAUAACUUGCAAUUGCGAGUUUAUAUCACGCAGUUCUGAAAAAAAAGUCAGAACUGCAAGAUGUAUACUCGCAAUUGCGAGAAAAAAAAUCAAAAUUGUGAGAUAAAAAGUCACAAUUAGCUAAUUGUUAUUUUUUAUUCAGUGGUGGAAACGGGCUUCCAUGCAGUCUAGCAUGCAGCACAUUUUAAAAAUUGUGUAUUGUUUUGUUUUUAUUUUUCAGAGUGAUGUGGUUUGCUGUGGUUUGUGUCAUAUAUACAUCUUUUAUGUUAUGAUAUGUUGCUAUCUGGGCUUUUAAAAGACAAUCAGACUUUAGCUCAACAGCAUUAGCACCAGCAGUGCAAGUAAACAACACCAUUAUUCCAGACAUUAAGGGCCAGUUUUACUAACAGUUUGCACCAGCACAAAUCGUCUUUUGGCAUUAAAAUUGUGCUGUCAGGUUUUACUAAAGAUGCACAGUGAAGAAUUAGCACUGAAAAGGCAUCGACACAGUUUUUUUUGCCCCUGACCUUGUUGAAUAUGCGUUUAGAAGACCAUUAAAAUGAAUCACGCAAUGUGUUUUACUAACGUUGUGCAAAUUACUAGCAUUUGUGCCAGUAUUUAACACCCAAAAAAAGCAUGUCUUAAACUAUUUUGUGCUUAAAAUGGCUGCAGUUAUUUUUGCUAGGAAGAGGCACCACAGAGAACAGAGAGCACGUGGUAGAAGGGAGAGGAUUUUUUCCACAUGUAUUAAUUUAUUUGGAAUGACAGAAAAACACAUUAUUCAAGCAUAUCAUUUGCCAAACCAUGUUAUUUUCAUUUGCUUCAGGAAACCCUCAACUAGGAGUCAUGCAAUACCAGGUCUAUCAAACUUUUAGAAAACCUUAGUAAAUCACCCACAGAAUUUUUCCCCUCCCUCCCCAGCGCUGUUUUGGAAUUGUGCUCUUGCACUAAUUUGCCCUGUUUAGUAAAACUGGCCCUAAAAUUACAUACAUACCUGUUUAGUGUAUUUUCCAGCUUAUAUUAGGUGGAUUCUGAAGGGUCAAUCUGUAAAUUGACAGCAGAAAUAUUUUCAAGAUCAGUGGUUUUAUCAUUUCACAUAAGAGAAUUGUUUAGCUGCAGAGACCCUGUAUUUACUGAUCGUCAGUGUCUGUAAUUGUUUUCUGUGUGUGUGUUCAUGUGUGCGUGACUUUGAGGAAUAGUCCCAACCCGGUAUCUGCAAUGCAGCAGAAAAGACAAAAACUCAACCCUCCUCCCAUGUUUCGACCAAAGUCUCGUCCCCCAGGAUACAUCUCUUAGCCCUCACAACAGCACUGUGCAAAUGUACCACGCUUCCCCUCAGCUGAAUGUCAUUGCCUUUGUAUGUGUGUGUGUGUGACCACGAGAGAGAGAAACUCUGCUGCAUUUUAAACGUACAGACUCGCACCACAUCUGCAUUGCAUACACAGCAGUGGGGUAUUAGUCUCUCAGCAGAUGUGUGUUGAGAGGGUGACCUUUAAAAAUCUGAGUUCCUCAGCUCCAUCCCAGCUUUAGGAUAAUCACAGCGUUCUCCCAUGGUCCCUAGGAGGUAACCUUUAGUUUAGAGUUUAACUGCUGUUAACUGUGACUGUGUAGAGAUGAUGUUUGAGGCGAAUGCGUUUCCCCUAGGUCAAUUUUAUGCGAAAUAGUGUGAAAGGCAGUCACAAGUGCAGUUUGUUUUUAAAUAAACUUAGUAUUAUUACUUAUUAUUGGUAAUUAUUUAUCAUCAGUUGUUCUUUUGAGAUGUUUGUGGUCAUAAUCAUGUGACACUUUUGAACAUACAGUUAAAGUCAAAAGUUUACAUACACCUUGCAUACACAAUGUGAAUUAUUUUACCGAAAUAAGAGGGAUUCUGUUGUAUGAUCCCUCUUAUUUUGGUUAAAGUAAUUAACAUUUUGCAGAUUCUGCAAGGUGUACAGUAUGUAAACUAUUGACUUCAACUGUAUGAAACAUAAAAUAAGUGUUAUUACUUAUUCUUUUCAAUCAAAUAUGAAACAAAGUAUGAUUUUAAUAAUAGUUAUUGUUCCAUCUUAUUCAGAUGUGAAAUGAACCACAUAUGAAACAUGUUUUACUUUAUUUUUAAUCUUUUGUACUGUCUAAACUGUAAAAAUCAACAGAAUCACUCGAACUUUGGCUUCCCUAUCUCGAAGGAUAAAAGGCAUAAAACUUACUUUUUAUACAAUUGAAUGUCGAAAAUUUAAAUUGAAGCGAGUCCAUCUCUUCAGAUGCUUGUUCAUAAUCAUGUGACACUUUUAAACAUGAACCAAUGUAACUUUUUACUGUCUAAAAUGUCUGUUUGUGGCUUCAGUUUCCGUGUCCCUUAAAACAAAAGGUCAUAUGUCCGUUGUCGGUAAUUGAUUUGCGUAUUUGGUUUAAAUUGGUGAAAUAGUUGGUGAAUUCAAGCUUGAGGGGCAAACAGUUCCAGUUUAGCUGUGCGAUAGGCCAGAACUCUUGGCCUGUGUCAUGAACAUUGAUCCCUGCUCUACCAGACGAUAGAGGUCAUGAUCUUUUAUCCUCAGCGGACACUGGUUGGAAUCAACUGCAGCAAAACUGACUGCUGGUUAGUCGCUGUUGACGUAACACACAAAAUGUACACACUAAACGGUGUGCAUACUAAAACGCCCACCUCUUAUAUCAACACAAGCGGGCGAUUUGCUUAUGGACAAUGAGAGUCUGCUUUAUAUCGAAGGAAUCCCAUAAUUUUUGUAAGCUCUGCAUGGAUUAUCCAAGUUAUUGUAAUGAAGUCUUCCAAAAGAAAGGAAACUAAACCAUAUUACUUUUCUCUUGUCUUCCAAACCAAGACAAAGCAAAGGUCUUCCAGUCAAAGCCACGAUGACACUAUUUUUAAUUUUUAUAGCUACAGAAACCAAUAACCACCAGGACAGACUCAACAGAAUCGCUCGAACUUUGGCUUCCCCAUCUCACAGGAUGAAAGACUUGAAGAAAACUUAGACGGAAAUGGCACAUCUGUGGCGUUUUAAUGGAAUAUUGGAAGGAACAACCCCAAUACAAUCAUGCAUGAACCAAUAUUUACUGGACACAUUAAAAAUGAAAAUGAAAAAAAGAAUUCCUGUUUAGCAUUUAUUAACUCACUGUUACUCUUAAUACUCUAUUCUGCAUACACUCUCAGCCCUGCAUUUGCAAUAGAAUCUAUAUCUAUUUCUAUAAGUCUAUGGGAGACAUAUUAUUGAACAUUAUUGAAUAAAACUAAU